GCAGCCGGGUGGGCUGAGGGGGCGGCGGCGGUGUAGGAGCCGGGGAAGUUUGGGAGACCAGUUCUGCCAUCCAGAGCGCCGCUCAAGCCCCGAGGACCGCGGGGGCAAGUCGCCCCGCUUCCCGACGACUCCGGACCUGCAGUCGUCGUCUCUUGUCCUUUUGCCUGGAGGUAUUUAAGCUUCUAAAAUGUCAUCGGUCAAGCCUCUAGUUUAUGCAAUUAUUCGUUUCUUGCGGGAACAAAGUCAGAUGGAUGCAUAUACUUCUGAUGAACAAGAAAGUUUGGAAGUUGCAAUUCAGUGCUUGGAGACGGUGUUUAAGAUCAGUCCAGAAGACACACAUCUAGCAGUUUCACGGCCUUUGACAGAGAUGUUCACAAACUCCCUCUGUAAGAAUGACAUCGUGCCCCUUUCAAACUCGGUGCCUGAAGAUGUGGGGAAGGCCGAUCAGUUAAAGGAUGAAGGCAAUAACCACAUGAAAGAGGAAAAUUACACUGCCGCUGUGGAUUGUUACACACAGGCGAUAGAACUGGAUCCCAAUAAUGCGGUUUAUUACUGCAACAGAGCCGCUGCCCAAAGCAAAUUAAGUCACUACACGGAUGCAAUAAAGGACUGUGAGAAAGCAAUAGCGAUCGACUCAAAAUACAGCAAGGCCUAUGGAAGGAUGGGGCUGGCCCUCACUGCCAUGAACAAGUUUGAAGAGGCGGUUACCAGCUACCAGAAGGCACUGGAUCUUGAUCCUGAAAAUGAUUCCUAUAAGUCAAAUCUGAAAAUAGCAGAACAGAAGUUAAGAGAGGUGGCCAGUCCUACAGGAACUGGCUUGAGCUUUGACAUGGCCAGCUUGAUAAAUAACCCGGCAUUCAUCACCAUGGCUGCAAGUUUAAUGCAGAACCCUCAAGUUCAACAACUAAUGUCAGGAAUGAUGACAAAUGCCAUCGGAGGACCUGCUGCUGGGGUUGGAGGCCUAACGGACCUGUCUAGCCUCAUCCAAGCCGGACAGCAGUUUGCUCAGCAGAUCCAACAACAGAAUCCGGAACUGAUAGAGCAGCUGAGGAAUCACAUCCGCAGCAGGACGUUCAGCAGCAGCACGGAAGAACAGUCCUGACUUGAUCGGGACCCUCACCCCCAGUACAGAUAGUUUGUGGUUCUGACAUGUCCAUCUGUAGAUAAUAGCCCAAAACCAAGUAACCGAAACCACCCUACACAAUGUCUGGAAAUAAUGGAGGAAAGUCUCUUGUGUAAAACUGAGAGAGUCCAUCUGUUUAGAGUAUAGUUUAUCACCAACAGACUUGAACAUAACACAAACUCCUUCGGAAACAAACCAUCAGUAGCCUUGUUAAGAGCUAAUACAGCCUUGGGACAAGGGCCCAUCCAUUUUAAAACUUUUAUCAUCCUGUUUGUAUAUCAGACUUAGUACAGAGUAUAUUUAUUGAACAGUAGGGCUAUUUAUUGGAAAGUUCUUUAGCUACAGGUUUCCCUAGGCCAUGGUUUUGAGAGAGGCGAUGACUAAUAGGAGAGACUUCUCAUGCUGGUUUGGAAGAAAUGUGUUUGGUAGCAUAUCAGGGGAGGAGCUUUGGCAUGUGCCACCAUCAGUAACACAUGUCUGUUGUGGGUACCAGUACUGUCUGUAGGGUGGCUUGUACUGGGGACAGGGAAUCUUUAGUUUGAUACAGGCGAUGUUUUGGAGAUACUGUGAAUGUACAGAAUGCACCGGAAGGAUGCUCAGGUUUUCUGCCUCGAUUUUAACUAAUCCUGUCUGUAGUUUAGGAUUGGUAGCAUUCGAAUGGUCAGUUAAGUACAUAAUGAAGCACACUUAGAGAUCCUUAACGGCGCUGGUCAGGCCAGUGAACACAACUGCUCUGUUCAUUGUCCUAGUCUAAUUGUCACAGUCUCAUUGGUGGGAAACUUACCUAGGGCAGUGUCUAGUUACACUUUACAAAGCCACUGACCGGGCCCCAAAUUAUGGGAUUUCUAAGUGGAAUUUAAUUAUGUGCCCAUCCGCAAUGAUUUUAUUUUUUUACUUUACCAUUAUUUGAUGGGUAACAAAGGCAUCUAUUGCUAACAUUGCUCAUCUGUGGAAUCCUUGGCUGUAGUUUGGCUCAGCAUGA